CGGUCGGUGUCAGAGCAGCCCUAGCCUCGGGAUGCCUGAACCAUCUCGCUCCACUCCGGCCCCCAAGAAGGGCUCCAAGAAGGCUAUCACCAAGGCGCAGAAGAAGGACGGCAGGAAGCGCAAGCGCGGCCGCAAGGAGAGCUACUCCAUCUACGUGUACAAGGUGCUGAAGCAGGUGCACCCCGACACGGGAAUCUCCUCCAAGGCCAUGGGCAUCAUGAACUCGUUCGUCAACGACAUCUUUGAGCGCAUCGCCAGCGAGGCGUCCCGCCUGGCGCACUACAACAAGCGCUCGACCAUCACGUCCCGCGAGGUGCAGACGGCGGUGCGCCUGCUGCUGCCGGGGGAGCUGGCCAAGCACGCCGUGUCCGAGGGCACCAAGGCCGUCACCAAGUACACCAGCUCCAAGUGAGGAGCGGCCCGGGCGCCCCCAAACCAAAGGCUCUUUUCAGAGCCACCUUCCAACCUCAAAAGAGCGUGCCACCUUGCGUGACUAAGACC